AUGGCAGGCCUGGAGGGAAGGCGCGUGGAUAGUCGUGACGGUGGAGGGCCUUCCCCGCCACCGCCGCAGCAGCGGAGCUCGGGAUUCGACGGCUAUGGCAACUCCAAAUCCCACGUAGGUCCUUCUCGGUUGUUUCGCUGCUCGCAUAUGGUUACGCGUUUUCCUCUGGUCUUGUGUGACAAUGAAUGGCUAGAGUGAAUGGUAUCAUCCUUAUAUUAACAUGGUCGGAAGGUCCGCUGCACUGUGUUCGCAGAUGUUCUUUGCCUUAUCAUCAUCCUUUAAUUUCUGAUGUUUCUUCUUGACGAAGUUUUGAUAUCAAGCUACUGUCGAGAAUUUCAGUUGCUGUUUAUCUCGGUGACCAAGAAUGCACCAUUUAUCUCUUGAGUUCUUGGGAUACUGUGCACCAUUUCUUGGGAAACGCUAGAUCUAUAUUGAGAGUGUGGCAGCUCGAAUGUGCCGUUUUCUUUAUCAUUGUUCGCUAUCUAUUUUCAGUAAAAGUUUCUUUUUAAAUGUGUGAUUACAGCUCGAAGAGAGAGAGAAAGAUAAGAACCGAUCAAGGGAUCGGAACAGGGAUCGCGACAGGGACCGAGACAUGAAUCGAGACAGGAACAGAGACAGGAACAACGACAGAGAAAGGGAUAGACACCAAAGAGAUUUCAGGGAUAAGAGUGACAGAAGGGAUCAUGGUAGAAACAAGUUGGACGAUAAGGAUAAUCAACGAAGUCGAGAUUCUGACAGGUACUCUGGUUUUAUACCCUGCAAGAUAUCUUCAAUGGUGGAAUCCAGUGAUAUAUCGAACUUUGUUGCUUGAUACGAUUUUUUUAUAGACACUGAAAUCUAGCUGAUACAACAUUAGACUAUAAAAUUAUUCCUUUUGAACUGAAUCGUGGACGUGUCUGCUUUUAUCCAGUCUUGAUAUUAUCCGCGAGCAUGCUUUAUUAAGGCCUUUUAUAAUGAAUUCUUGGCCAUUUUUGAAUUUACUUCCGUACAUGAUAUACCGGACACUCUUGUCAAAUUUGCUUACUUUUGUUUUUUUUCUUAUUAUUAUUUAUUUUAAUGAUAUGAAUGAAACUUGACUAAUAUUGAUGAAUCUUUAGGGUCCCCCCCUUAUGUUCGUUUUAUUGUUUUGCACAUGUGCAAUAUACAUUUUGUAUGGUGAUACUUAUUGGUUGUUGUUGUUGUUGUUCAUUUAACAUUGUUGUGCUUGAUUUUAAGUUCCCUUUGUAAUUGAUUCGUUGCCUUCAUUGUUCCCAUCAGAGUUUAACUAAAUCGUAGAUUUAUCUAUUGAUCAUUGUCUCUCGUUGAUGGCGAGAAGAUAAUAAUUCUGAUGUCGCAUUUCCGGAGAAAGCUGAAACCAUGUCAUCAUGGUUUUUUUUCCGUCCUUUCUUUAUUCAAUAUGUUCGUGUGAUCUCAAGUGUAGUUCCUAAUUCGAUAGACUUAUCUCUCUGCGUUCCUUCUGGAUAUAUGAUUUCUUCCUGGUUAUAUUUUUUCCGUUAAUCUCACCGGCAUAAACUUUUAUGAAGAGAGACAGUUCUGGGUGUGACGUGGAAAUCUAGAUUUUACAGCCUUCUUCUAGCUGUCAUAACUUUUGGUUUAGUUCGGCUUGUUUGAUCCCGCUUUAAAUGGUAGGAGUCUGCUUUAUUUGUGUUCCAUUCAAGAUACAUAAAUAUUUUCUCAAACAUGUUGAAGCUAUGCCUUGCUAAAAUCAUACCAUACAGCAUCAUCUUCGAAAAAUAUUUUUGAUGCGGUAUUUGUCUUGGUAGAAAUAUAAAUUCCUGGUAUGUGCUUCUAGUUAUCUUAUGACAUCAUAGCGUGUUUGAUCGACGCCCUUCUAUACAAAUAAGCAAAUUUGAAGUGGGUUAAUGAAUUUGUUUGAACCCUGCAUAUAUGGACGUUGAUUCACAGAGAGGUGUGAAAGUGUCCAUGUUUUCCUGAUGUCUAUUGAUUUUACCAUCUUCUAUUGCGCUCACCAUCUAGAAAGUACAAAGUUUUGUAGCUGGGUAUCUGGGUAUCGUGAUUAUGUAGAAUGGCGUGGCCUGUAAACACUAUUGCGUCAGAAUUUUUUUUCGAUCAAUAUUUCCCAUCGUGCUAUGUUUCCUUAAUCAGAGCUUUCUUUUCCUCCAGGCGUAGGGAUAAUGAUAGGGAACGAGAAGGAAGGCAGAGGCAUAAGUCUCGUUCUCCUUCAAGAAGUAGAUCUAAGCGUUCUCGUUCAAGGUCAAAGAGGUUAGUUUCUAUUCUUGUAUAAUUCUUCAUGGGAUUUAUAUGUAUAUUUUAAAAAUACCUUAUUAAAUCGGGGGGGAUAUUGUCGAGAUCUUCAUUUUUUCAGUUUUUUCCGCUGAAAAGAUCUUCACUUAUCUCGUUUCAGAGCUUGCUUUAAUUUUCCUUUAUUUUUGGAGCUUUUAUGUGGGUUAUGGUGCCCGUGUUUCUAAAUCUGACUGGCAAUAUUUACUUUCUAAUGCAGCAAGAGAAUUAGUGGGUUUGAUAUGGCGCCUCCUGCAACUGCAUUAUUAACUCCCACUACAGGUACUUGCUCCUUUUGUGCGCCCUUUUUUUGUCAAAAAGUUCACACUUUCUUGUACCCGACUGAAUAUUCAUUUUAAAGGUUGUUUUGGUAAGCAGCCCCUUACUGAGAAUCGUGUUUCCCUAGGUUUAAAUUGUAUAUUAGAACGAGCUGAAUUUUUUUUAUAUAUUUUUAUUGAGCAAUUAAUACUGGAACUGAGAGCCAUUUUGCUUGUUUUUUUGUUUUUGGUGGUUGUUUGUGUUUUUGUGUCUUUUUGUUGUCUUGAGAAGGCAAUUUGGGGCCCCUUGUCCCACUGUGCUGUCAAUGGGCCUGAGCCGUCUUCUGUAGCUUAUAUGUAGAAGGAGGAAUCAAUGCACGGUUUGAUGGAUCUUGUUCGACUUCAACCGGCAACUAUUGCCAUUUUGGUAGUCUUACAAAUAUUUCCUCAAGUACUUGAAAAUAAUAUUUUCCUUUUUCUCUGCAAAAUUAUUGCUCAGGAAAUCGUCCAUUGUAUACCUGCAAGGAAAAAAAGUUAUGAAUGAUAAUAGUACUUUUUUGUGCUUAUCUGGAUUGUUAGUUUUUAUGAUUAAUUUCGUUUUUUGCAGCUUUUACAGGACAAUUACCUGGGGCCCCGGCUCCUAUUCCUGGAAUGUUUCCAAAUCUUAUGUUGCAAGGGCAGGUAUAGGUCUUUAAAACUUCUUAUUGAAAUGAUUUUGUUUCUACUUUUUUAUUUUAACAUGUAUACAUUCAAAUGUCAGUUCCCAUCUAUCCCUGUAAUGCCAGUACAAGCAAUGACCCAACAGGUUUGUCAAUGCCACGGUUUUUAUUAUCUAAGGCCUUAUGGCCCAUAGCUUAACUAUAUUGUUGUUGAUGUCAGGCGACUCGACAUGCGCGGCGUGUAUAUGUUGGUGGCCUUUCCCCUAUCGCUAAUGAACAGGUUCUCGCGACUACAGACUUGUCUUUACCGUGUCAACAUCUGAAUCAUUGUUCAUGAUCACUGCCUCUAUUUAUGUCUUAUAAUAUGACAUAUUUGUCUGCUCUUACACUCCCAUAGCCUGAAUCUCGAAAGAUUUUUUGAUAUGGAAUGUGGGAUUUCUUUCCCGACCAAUUAAGAUGAGCGAUGCCGGCAUCUGCAUGUUUGAAUUACGAGCAUGUACGAGCAUAUUUGACUGACUGGAUUUCUGGCGAUUUUCCCACCUUUGGAUUUAUUGAUGUCUUUAAUUUAAAAAACUAUCAUGAAAAUGAAUAUUGAAUGAUAUACUGUCUUUGCCUUUAUUUCAUUCACGGAUAUGCACUAAAUGCUAUUUUUUUUUUCCUAUUUGAGGUUGUGUUAAAUUUCUUGCCUCUUUUUUCUUCUGCAGUCUGUUGCAACAUUUUUCAGCCAGGUUAUGGCUGCUAUAGGAGGGAAUACGGCUGGACCUGGUUUGCACUGAAUCUUUUAUUUAGCAGAUGCUCCUUUGUAUCUGAAUUGUGGCUUACAAUCUUUUCUUUUAAGGUGAUGCGGUUGUGAAUGUAUAUAUUAACCAUGAAAAGAAGUUUGCAUUUGUGGAGAUGAGGUCGGUUGAAGAAGCCAGUAAUGCUAUGGCAUUGGAUGGUAUCAUUUUUGAGGUUCGUGAUUUGACCCAUUAUGGAAUAAAUUUACCAUUUGUUGGUGUAAUGACUGAUUUUAUUUUAUUCUUUGGCAACUUACCGAUAUUUUAUGAUGCUCAGGGGGCUCCAGUUAAGGUCAGGAGGCCUAGCGAUUAUAACCCUUCUCUAGCUGCAACGCUCGGUCCGAGCCAACCGAACCAAAAUUUGAAUCUUGCAGCAGUUGGGCUAUCUCCCGGGUCUUCUGGUGGCCUUGAGGGACCUGAUCGCAUUUUUGUGGGUGGCCUUCCAUAUUACUUUACUGAAGUACAGAUCAGGGAACUUCUCGAGUCAUUUGGGCCACUUCGGGGAUUUGAUCUCGUAAAAGACAGGGAAACCGGAAACUCUAAAGGUUAUGCCUUUUGCGUUUACCAAGACAUUGCUGUUACAGACAUUGCCUGUGCUGCACUGAAUGGUAUUAAGAUGGGAGAUAAGACUCUCACGGUUAGGCGUGCAAAUCAAGGGUCUGUCCAGCCCAGACCAGAGCAAGAAAACGUCUUGUUGCAGGCACAGCAACAGGUUGCCAUACAGGUGAAUGAAAAACUUUCCUGUUUCGAUUUCCUUAUCCCUUGUACCAGCAUAAAGCUGGCCGUUUACGCUGAAUUUUACCUUUAUAAAAUACACCUGUGCCUCGGAUGCCGAAAUGUUUCGUAUUUUUGCGUGUUGUUCUGGUGGAAAGCAUGUCUCCAUCCAUCCCUGUUUCUCUUAGGUAAUGUCUUCAUUCAUUGGCGAUGAGAAAUGUCUGCGUGAGGGAAAAAAUGUCUUCAUUCCUGGGUUGUGAUAGGUUUACAGUUUCUUUUCUGUGAUUCUUUGACCAAAUAACUAUCCAUCCCCUGAGAGAGUUGAAUCUGUCACUCUGGCACACUUAUUCUGUCAUAUUAUUAUUCUGCAAACUUGAUCAGUUGUACCUUUCUAAUGCUAAUCUUCAUUUGCUUGUUGGUUUUUUUUUUUUAUGUUCGUGUACAAUAUCAUAGUAGGAUCAAUUUCAGGAUCGUAAGAUAUUGUAAAUGUGUUAUGAUCAAUUCAUCCUCUGCCAAUCGCACUAGUAGUGCAUGUUUGGAAAGAAUAUGCCGUAAACUUUAUCUUCAUGAUUAUUUUUGACUAGUUUUUACUCCUCGGGUUGGUGGCAUGUGCGGUGCUCCGGCAGUGAACUUUUGCCUUCGGUCUACGUCCAAUACAUUGUCGAUUAUGACAUUAUAGUGCCUGCCUGCAACUCUUGGAUCCUCUAAUGCAAUUUUAUUGUCCAUUUACUUUAUUUCAAAUGUGACGUCAGUGGAGCUAGUUCCUGGGCAUAAUAUUUUGCAUUUGGUUGUGGCAUUCUUCUUUCGAGAAAGUGAACGCAUCCUCUACCGGUGUUGUGCUCGGCCUUGUUGUAUUUGCAUGACAUCGACGUGCAAAGAAAAUAGUCAUGCCUUGAAAUAAAUUCCCGGUUCCUUGCUUGUGGUGUAUAUAGAUUUUGGGCGCCUCUAAUAUGAACUUUGUUUUUUUUUUUUCCUUCUUGGCAGAAGCAUCUCAUGCUCCAACCUGGCAUGCUGCCAACCAAGGUGGUGUGCUUAACGCAGGUGGUAACUGUGGAUGAAUUGAAAGAUGACGAAGAAUAUGAAGAUAUAUUGGAGGACAUGAGGACCGAAGGCGGAAAAUAUGGUAAUUAAGCGAUGAACCUCUCUCGUUAAAUACCUAUCCCUUCGUGGAAUGCCAACCUUAGGUGGGGCCUUACACCCCCUUGUGGGGGUGGACGAGGGAGACACAAGAAAUUUAUUCUUCUGACCCCGGGGUUUAGACGUUUUUUUUUUCUUUCUCUUUUCCUUUUCUUCGCAGGUAGUCUGGUGAAUGUGACUAUCCCUCGACCGGGUCCGAACGGUGAUCUGACGCCAGGAAUCGGAAAGGUCAGUCUUUAAACCAUGCAUAUCCAUCCGCUUUCACGGCAGAGCUGUGCAGUGGGGGGGGGCACUGCGUCCGAAAACUUGAUGGGAUGAUGAAUCAAUUAGCUCGGAUGCCGAGUUGAUGGGUUUGGUGCUUGAUUUCUUCUUCAAUCUUGGUUAUCUAUCAUCCCCAGGUGUUCCUGGAGUACGUUGACACCGAUGGCUCCUCUAAAGCGAAGAUGUCUCUGAACGGGAGGAAAUUCGGAGGAAACCACGUCAUUGCGGUCUAUUAUCCCGAGGAUAGGUUUGCGGAGGGAGUUUAUGACGACUAA